AUUGCCAAGUUGAUGGGUGGGUAUUCACCAAUGAAUGUUGUGCUAGAUAACUUGUAACAAUCUUUGUGUAAUGGAAGAUUGAAUGGCAGUAUAUGGUAUUUAUAGAACAGAAAUGGAUUGAAAUUCACCACAGCAUUCAGCUAUCGGCCGCAUGAUAUAGAUGCAAUGCAAACACAAUUAACUUUUAUCUAAUUUUAUCACAAACCAGAACCAGUUUAGACGACAAUCGAGAAAUAAAAAGUUGAACCUUCUGUACCAUCAUGUCUGAUAUCAAGGAAUUCGAAAGUGUUGAACGGAUUUUGAAAAAGCUACCACCGGAAGACUAUGAAAAUGUUCGACGAGUUUUGUAUGGAAAAGCAACACGGGAAAUCGAUGUUUCCGAGAAAGCUAAACACCUCUCUGAAAAAUACGCCAUCGAACUCGUCUCGUGUGGAUUCGAUAGCAAAGAGGAGGAACUUCGAAGUCCUAGGAUUGUUCGAGUGGGAUUGUUCCAACACAAAAUCCCCAUUCCUACUUGGAGUCCGAUGAAGGAGAUGAGAGAGGCGAUGUACCAGAUGGCUAGAGAUGUGCUCGAAGUCGCUUACAGAGGAGGUGUCAAUGUUUUUUGUUUCCAGGAAGCGUGGAACAUGCCCUUUGCUUUUUGUACAAGAGAAAAGCAUCCUUGGUGUGAAUAUGCUGAAGAUGCCCAACAUGGACCGACAACGAGAUUUUUAUCAGAGUUGGCCAGCCGUUAUAAUAUGGUGAUCAUCUCCCCCAUAUUAGAAAGGGACAGUGUGCACGGAAACACGAUCUGGAACACCGCAGUGGUCAUCGACAAUCACGGGGACUAUUUGGGAAAGCACAGAAAGAACCAUAUUCCCCGUGUCGGCGAUUUCAACGAAUCGACUUAUUAUUUGGAGGGAAAUACCGGUCACCCUGUAUUCGAGACUCAAUUUGGGAAAAUCGCAGUCAACAUAUGUUAUGGCAGACAUCAUCCUCUGAACUGGUUAGCAUUCGGCAUUAACGGUGCUGAAAUAGUAUUCAACCCAUCAGCUACAGUUGGCGAACUGAGCGAACCCCUUUGGGGCAUAGAAGCGAGGAACGCGGCCAUCGCCAAUUCUUAUUUCACCUGCGCCAUCAACAGGGUGGGCACUGAGGAGUUCAAGAACGAGUUCACCAGCGGCAAUGGACUGCCCGCGCACCGAGACUUCGGCCAUUUUUACGGAUCGAGUUAUGUAGCGGCUCCGGACGGUUCUAGAAGUCCGGGUCUGUCUAGAACGAAAAAUGGCUUGCUCAUUGCCGAAUUCGAUUUGAAUCUUUGUCGCCAAGUAGCAGAUGUAUGGGGUUUCCAGAUGACCCAGAGACUAGACAUGUAUGCUGAACUGCUGGAUAAGGCUACAACACAUGAUUUCAAGCCCCAAGUAGUAACAAAAACUACCGAACUGUGAUUUAAUGUUCAAAUGGAAAUUAGAAAAUUUGAUUAUGAAUGAUGUGAAAAAAUUGUACAAUAAU